CCCACCUUCGUCCGCGCCCCGGAUCCGAAGCUACGACUGCCGUCGGGGGAACGUGUGUAUUGGACACGAAUGCCACUUGAAUGUGGGAAAGUCACCUCAUUAAACACAUACGCCGUCGCAAACCACCACUCCUUCUACCACUCCUCACAUACGGAUCUCAAGUGAUUGUUUGCCAGAUUCAUUGCGUCUGAGUAUCACCUAUCUGAAAACAAACAACACAAAACGCAGACGCAGCCAUCAUGUUCGACGUCGACUGGAAGGGCCUCGCCCUCCCUUUUGCUUAUUUGGCUGUCCUCGGCGGUGCACUGGCUACCUUCUCGACCAUCUACCGCAAGCGCAAGGCUGCCCGCAGCGCAAACCUCGAGCCCUGGUUUGGGCCGCACGUCUCGCGCGACAUCUACCUCACCCUCCUCCACAUGCUCCCCGAAGACCCCAAAGAUGAAAAGGCCACGAAGAUCCCCGUCACAAUGGUCCGUGCCGCACUUCUGCGUCGCGCCAUCGAGGACCUCCAGCGUCUAGUGCAGAUCCGGUCGGCCAAGCAGGCGUGCAGCUCGCUACUGCAGAGAGGUAGCGUCGGCGACGACUUGUGGCAGCGGUUCCAGCGAGCCGAGUCGGAGAUGCAGGCGGAACUGCAGGAUGUGGUGCGCGAGGCGAACGCGCUCUCGCCUCAGUGGGGGCAGAUCAUCUUCCAAUCGGCCAACGAGAUUCUCCUGAACGACCGCAUGAAGGAGCAGAUCGAUGAGAUACAGGACACCGUCGAGUCUGAGAAGGCGUGGUGGGCCAAGCGCAAGGAGGAGAUUGGCAGCGAGUUGAUCAAGGAGCUCGAUGAGUCGGAGAAGAGCUCGACGACGGACGAGGCGGUGUUGGUCGACACACCCGAGAAGAAGAAGAAGGUUGCCGCCAAGGCAUAAGGGCUUAAGGCGGCCGCUACGACACCAUGAUAUGCAUAGACCGAUGGCGUUGGGGGUGUUUUUCUGGGACUGGUUGGAACAGGAGGACAAGACUGGAUCAAGCCUGAAUGCAUAGGUAUUGAGAAAGUCAAAAACGAAAAAACGAAUGCUAUAUAUGAUA